UUUCUUUAUGGUUUGAGAAACUUUCUACCAAUUCCUCCAAACCCCUUCUUGCAAAGGAGAAAUCAACCGAAACGGUUUCAGAUCAAUUCCAUGCCAGAUAGCUAAACUUUGAGGGACAUAUCUGAAAAUUCAAUCAUGCUUACUGGGAUUGUUGAUUAUGUAUGAAGUUGAUUAUUGAAAGUAGGAAAGUUUUGAUUUUUAUGAUUUCUGUGAUGGAUUUUGUCACUGCCUAGAUAGUGCAAUCUUGAGGAAGCAUACUUGAAUAAUCAGGAAUGGAGGUGAAUAACAGUUCAGAACGUAGGACAAAGCAAAAACGUGAUCCUGCAUGGAAUUACUGUGAAAUGUAUAAGAAUGGUGAGAAGGUUGAGCUCAAGUGUGUGUUCUGUGGGAAAAUCUUUAAGGGUGGUGGGAUUCACAGAGUUAAGGAGCAUCUUGCAGGUGCUAAGGGGGAUGGGGGCUCUCCUUGUAUGAGAGUUGACCCUGAUGUUCGCCGUGCAAUGCAAGAGAAUUUGAGUGGGGUUGUGGGGAAAAGGAAGAAGAAACAAAGGUUUGUUGAUGCCGAGGAUGAGUUGUUGAUUCAAAAUGACAUUACCAUCGAGGAUGAGGGUUUUCGAAAUAAUUAUGAUUUGAAUACAGUUGAUGACUUGCUUCGGCUAACAGAGACCCUUGAAACAAACUCCGAUAAGCGUCUGAAUAUUGAAGGAGCAAGUAAUGAAUUUAAUGGUGAACAGAGUGAAGGGGGAAUGACUAGACGGAGGAGAAGAAACCUGCAAGAGAAUUCAGCUAAUAUGGAACCUGUAGCCAUUGGUUCUCUAAAGCGGGAUCCAGCUUGGAAGCAUUGUCAAAUGUUUAAUAACGGGGGGAAGGUUCUGCUCAAGUGUGUAUAUUGUGGAAAAAUAUUUAAUGGCGGUGGGAUUUAUAGACUUAAGGAACAUCUUGCUGGUCGUACGGGCAAUGGAUCUGUUUGCUCAGAAGUACAAUCUGAUGUUCGCCUUCUUAUGCAAGAGAGCUUAAAUGUAAGUGGGUCAGUGGGGAAGAAAAAGAAGAAACAAAAGCAUUUCAUUGAGAUGCCCAAUCAUAAUGCUGGUAAUGGUGCUGUCCAAACCCUUGCUAAUGGGCGUGAUUUAAAUAAUGAAAUUGAUUUGCUUCCUGAAACUGAUGCACUUGAAGAGAAUUCUGAUGUGUUUCUGAACCAAGAACAUGAGGGCAACGGAUCAGGUGGUAGGAUAGAGAAAGGCCAAAUGGGAAAGGCAUCUGUUCUGAUAAAUCCUCAUAAGUCUCAUACAUUGACUGCAGAUGGUAAUAAAGCUGUUGGCUCGAAAGUGGUGGAUAAUCAGGUUCAAAUGGCAAUUGGCCGCUUUCUGUUGUAUGCAGGGAUAUCUUUUGAUGCUACAAAUUCGGUUUAUUUUAGAAGGAUGAUUGAGGCCAUAGCUUCGCAAGGAUCACAGGUUGUAACCCCUUCUUGCAAUGAUCUUCGUAGCUGGAUUUUGAAAAAUUCGGUCAAAGAGGUUAAAAGUGACUUUGGCAGAUUCACAGGUUGUUGGGCUAGGAGUGGUUGUUCCAUUUUGGUUGAUGAUUGGGUCACACAGAAUGGCAGAACGUUGGUAAAAGUUUUAGUUGCUUGUCCAGAAGGAAAUUUGUUUUUGAAGUCUCUGGAUAUUUCUGAAAUUAGAAAUCCUGUAGAUGCUCUCUACGAAUUGCUUGCUAAGGUGAUAGAAGAAGUCGGUGUGAGAAAUGUAUUGCAAGUUGUUACUCGUGGUGAAGAGCCAUAUUUUGUUUGUGGGAAGAGAUUGAUUGAUGCUUACCCUUCCAUUUUCUGGACUCCUUGUGCUGGUCAUUGCCUAAGUUUGAUGCUUAAGGAUUUUACAAAGCUUGACUUGAUCAGUGCAAUCCUUGAACAAGCCAAAUCAAUAACAAGAUUUAUCUACAAUCACAAUGUUAUUUUGAAUAUGAUGAGACGGCACACUUUUGGUGUUGACUUAGUUGACAUAGGAGUUUCGAAAUCAGCAACAGAUUUCAUGACAUUGAACCGAUUAGUGAGUCUCAAGCAGAAUUUGCAAAACAUGGUUAGUUCAGAGGAAUGGGCAGAGAGCCCUUACUCAAGGGAACCUGAGGGAUUGGCUGUCCUAGAUUGUUUCAGUAGCGAAUCAUUUUGGUCUACUUGUGCCUUGAUUUCCCGUUUAGCUGAUCCAUUCUUGCGACUUUUGAGGAUAGUUAGUAGUGAGAAGAGGCCCGGAAUGGGUUACGUUUAUGCAGGAAUUUAUAGAGCCAAAGAAACAAUCAAGAAAGAACUUGUUAACCAGAAGGAUUACCAUGACUACUGGAACAUUAUACACCGAAGGUGGGAAAAACUUCAGCAUCACCCACUUUUUGCUGCUGGUUUCUAUCUUAAUCCAAAGUUCUUCUAUAGUACUGGAGGAGAUAUGCAUCAUAUCAGAUCCCAUGUAUAUGAUUGUGUGGAGAAAUUGGUGCCUGACCCUAAUACUCAGGACAAAAUUGUGAAAGAGACAAUCUCGUAUCAAAAUGGUGAUGGAGAUUUUGGCAGGAAGAUGGCAAUAAGAGCUAGAGAUACAUUACUUCCAGCUGAGUGGUGGUCAACAUAUGGCGGGGCAUGCCCAAAUUUAGCUCGCUUUGCUAUCAGGAUCCUUGGUCAAACUUGCAGCUUGAUAGGCUCUAAGCCAAGUCACAUACCUCUUGAACAGAUGCACGAAACGAAAAAUUGCUUGGAGCAUCAGAGGCUCAAUGAUCUUGUCUUGGUUCAGUACAAUUGGUGGCUGAAGGAAAGGGCUCAGAAGAUUAAAGAGCAGGAGCCAGUGGACCCCCUUUUGCAUGCUAACUCUAGAGUGGCUGAGGAUUGGCUUAUGAAGGAGGAGGCUUAUUCAGACGACCAAAACAUAUCCGAUUGGAGCACCAUUUCCCCACCUAUGGGCAACAUAAUGCUCUUGGGAUCGCGUGCUGAUGAUUUUGAAGCCUUAGGUGUAGGUUUUGAUGAUUUGGAAGUACUCAAUGGUGUUAGCGAGGAAGCUACCGAUGAUAAGCCAGCAGAAUUUUUCUGAAGGGGUUUCUCUUUUCCUAUAUGAAGGGGAAAACCUGGUAUUUUUCUGUUUAGGUCAUUUCCAGCAGCCUUGUAAAGCUUAGAAAUGUUGUGACAGGGGUAUGGAGCAAUUUUUCUAGUAUUUUCUUUUAUUAAUUUUAAGAUUGUAACAUGGAAAUUGCUGAAAUGGUGGUGCAACAUUAGGAACUGAGUUUGUGGUUUUUUGUAAGUAACUGUUACUGGCAUUUUUUUUAAGAAUCACUGGUAGCAGAAUA